AUGUCGCUCACUGCGUUAGCACGACUUAAAAAACGUAGAUUAUUAGUCCGGUGGCUUUUUACUUUUCCAUCGGAACAAUAUAGCAAACACACAUAUAUAUCAGAAAAUGCUCUUCUUCCUGGUCAGGUUAAUACAUAUUACGGCUGGCAGCAAGUAUUUGAUGCCACGGCUUAUAGAGAUCGCAUCAAAUCAAUGUCAAAUUCAUCAAAUAUAGAGAAAAUAAAUUACAUAGAAGGCGAGUUACGAAGAGCUGGACUAAAAACAGCAACACAAAAUUUUACCGCAAUAUCCUCAGGAAAAGUUAUAUCCGGAAUUAAUGUAUUUGGAGUGUUGAACUCUCCUCGUACUGACGGUACGGAAGCAUUGGUUCUUAGCGCACCGUGGAGAUCUAAAGAUGGCGUAACUACCAAUAUUAAUGGAAUAGCUGCUGCUUUAUCGUUGGGCAAAUUCUUUAAAAGUACAGAUUAUACAUAUUGGUCAAAGGAUAUUAUCAUUUUGAUAACGGAUGGGGGUGAGGCUGGAGUACAAGCUUGGCUAGAGUCGUAUCAUGAUCAUAAACAAUCAGGUAUCGAGGCAUCUCCUUUAUUUUUACGGUCAGGAGCGAUACAAGCUGCCAUAAAUUUGGAUUUUCCAGGAACUAGUAAUUAUAAGGCAUUAGGAUUGUUUUUUGAAGGCCUCAAUGGACAACUUCCUAAUUUAGAUUUGAUUAACACUGUCGUACGAGUGUGUCGUAUGUCAAGUAACAUUCCCAUAAUGCUUCAUGAUUCCGGACGCUGUUAUACACAUCAUGAUUUUGGUGAUUACCAGUCUUCUUUCUAUAAUCUAAUAACAUUUAUGAAAUAUCAGGCUCUAGGACAUCCAACUGGGAAACUGUGGGGAACCACUAGCGACGAUGAAACAGAUUUAACACCUAGUGAUCAUGUUCAAUCGUCCAGUACAUUGAAUAAUGAGACUAAUGCAUCUGCGCCCCCAGCAUAUCUGAGGCGUUCGAGAGAAAUUUUAAUGCCAGUAGCUGCGCUGGUUAUAUCUCAUUUCGCUGGGUUCAUUAUUUUCUUUGUCGUAAAAAAUCAUUUUAAACUUUCUCAGAUAUCGAGUAUUUUCGGAAUCGAUGGAUAUUUAUUUACCUUGGCGAUAACCACAAACAUAUCAAUAAUAGCUACAAUAAGCUUAAUAACAGCCUUCCAGAACCGAACUCAUAAAAUAAAAUUCAACCACCAUAAUCAGUUGUCGCCAUCACCAGAUUGGGUAAUUCUUAAAUCGUUUACAUUAGCUUUUACUGCAAUGAUAAUAUCGUGUUUAUCAGUAUUAAAUUUUAGUUUAGCAGUAUUUAUAUCAAUAAUAGUUGUAAUACCAUUUUCGUUAUUUCAACCAAGUACUUAUGAAAUAAUAAGAUAUUUGGAAUUAAUAGUAUUAGUUCUUAUUUCACCACCAGGAAUAUUGAUUAUUUCAAAAAUCAAUUUAGAAGAAUUUCUAAGGUGGACCAUAAUGGAAUAUGAAUUGCUCAGAAGUUAUUUUUUACCAUUUAUUUGUUGCUUGUAUUGGCCAAUUAUUUUGGUUUAUGUUGUAAUUAUAUUUUCACCUAUUAAAUGA